AUGGCAUCCACGAACGAGCCCAGCGAGACGAGAACAGCUGCAAUUGAUGCAUCUACAAGAGAUGACGGCCGGAUCGAUAUCGAGAUACCCACGACGCUGAGCCGACGACUGUCCAAACUUCCCAAUUUCGAGGAACUCGACACGACUCCCGGAUUGGCUUCGCCCGCAUACCAACAAUAUGAGAACCGAGAUAAUUCCGUCAUCCCUCUCAACAUUGUCAUCCAAGUCAUUGGAAGCCGUGGCGAUGUCCAACCCUUUAUUGCGCUGGCGCACGAGUUACAGAAACACGGUCAUAGAAUUCGACUGGCCACCCACGACGUAUUCGAGACCUUUGUUCAGUCGUCCAAUAUCGAGUUCUACCCUGUCGGAGGCGAUCCAUCUCAGCUUAUGGCAUAUAUGGUCAAGAACCCAGGGCUCAUCCCGAGCAUCGACAGUCUUCGAGCCGGAGACAUCAAUACCAAGAGGAGGAUGAUUGCCCAGAUGCUCGAUGGGUUCUGGGACUCGUGCAUAAUGCCUGAUCCCAAGACAGGCGACCCAUUUGUGGCAGAUGCUAUUAUUGCGAAUCCACCUAGCUUUGCACAUGUUCAUUGCGCCGAGGCAUUGGGUGUUCCUCUACACAUGAUGUUCACUAUGCCUUGGACUAGUACAGCAGCUUUUCCUCACCCUUUGGCGAAUAUCAAUGACCCGAGUACUGGCAAGGAACGUGAAGUUGCCAAUUACUUGUCUUAUAGUGUGGUGGAGUUUCUGACCUGGCAAGGGCUCGGGGACCUGGUCAAUCACUGGCGAGAAGCCAAACUCGGCCUCGAGCAUGUUCCCAUGAACGAAGGUCCAAGACUUCUCAAGUCUCUGGAAGUGCCAUUCACAUACUGCUGGUCUCCAGCUCUGAUUCCAAAACCGAGAGAAUGGGGCCACAACAUAAGUAUCUCUGGAUUCUUUUUCCGACAACCCCCUUCCUACGAACCCCCUGAAGAUCUCGCAACUUUCCUCAAAGGCGGACCCAAGCCUAUCUACGUCGGAUUCGGAAGCAUUGUUGUCGAUGACCCAGCUCGCCUGAUGAUCAUGGUCCUGAAAGCGAUCAAAACAGCCGGAGUUCGAGCUAUCAUAUCCCAGGGAUGGAGUAAACUUGAGGGCGAGGAUGACCCUAAUAUCUUUUACGUCGGUGAUUGUCCCCACGAAUACCUGUUUCAGCAGGUCUCUGCUGUUGUUCACCACGGCGGCGCUGGAACGGCGGCUUGCGGGUUAUUUUAUGGUAUACCGACGGUGAUCGUCCCGUUUUUUGGAGAUCAACCUUUCUGGGGUCAGAUGGUAGCCAACGCCGGCGCUGGCCCACAACCAAUCCCUUACUCAUCCCUGACAUCGAGGAAUCUCACCGAUGCUAUAGUACAUGCAUUGACGCCAGAAGUUGCGAUCGCGGCGCAGAAAAUGUCUGAGAGUAUGAAAGCAGAAUCAGGAGUCCAGGCCGCGGUCCAGCAUUUUCAUGCUAAUUUGCCUAUUGAGCCACAGCGCUGUGAUCUGUUCCCAGAGCUUCCGGCGUCUUGGUCUUACAAAGGAAAAAGACACCAAGUCGUGCUGUCGAAAAAGGCAGAGCGAAUCUUGACUGGAGCAAACAAACUUGAGAGGAGCAAGUUGAAGUUUCACAAACCAAAGCCCAUAUUUAUCGAAAGCAGACGUUGGGACCCGUUCACGGCCGUUGGAUCAGCAUCUAUGGAGGUUGCUGCUUCGAUGGCAGAUGCGACAGCAGGAGUUUUCGUGAAACCCUAUGAGACUAUCAAGGAGCAUCAAACGCGAACAAAAACAUCACUAGAGAGCGGAUCAAGUCAGGCGCGAUCGCAAAGCGAUUCCACAAGCGUCAGCGAAUCCGGAGUGGCGAGGAGAGCGGUUGGAACUUCGACCAAGAGUCUGGGGAAACUAGCCGUUACAUCGGCAAAAGGCAUAUUUGUCGACAUUCCUAUCGCGGUCACGGAUGGACUGCGCGCUGUGCCGAAUCUCUACGGGGAGGAUGUGAGGGCCCGAGAUCAUAUCACUGGCUUCAGGAGUGGUGCGAUGGUUGCUGGUAAGAACUUUUAUCACGGCAUCUUUGAGGCCUUGACAGACAUUGCCGUGUACACGUACCACGGGAAGCGUGAAGAAAAUGCAUUGGGGGCUGCAAAGGGCUUGGGAAAGGGCGCAUUGAGCUUGGUCACCAAGACGACUGCUGCCACCAUCGGGCUGGUUGCGUAUCCAGCUCAGGGGAUUCACCGAAGCAUCAGAGCUGCUGUUGUGACGUCAACGCCCAAGGCUAUCGAGGCGGCUAUGCGCAUCGAGGGAGAUUGGCUACUCAAGAAGAAGCCAGUGUCUGAGGAGGAAACUCGUUGUGCAGUUGCGGACUUUGAGACGUUGCGGAACUCGAAACCCACCAAGGUUGUGUCAGGGUAA